GCGCAAGGAUACGAGCUAUCACUUUCUCCCGGCGCCCACUUUCAAAAUGGCAUCCGGAAGGAAGUGUGUGAAUGGGACGAGCGCGAGGUUAUAAUUAAGGACGUUGGCACGACUUCCGGUCUGGUGGCAAGAUGGCUGCGCCCAGUGGUGGAUUUCAACCUCGUGAGCGGAGGUUUGGUGAGCAGGACCAGGACCAGGACUGGGAUGCUGCUGCUCCCAAGAGGCCCCGACUUGGGGCAGGAAGCAGGAGUGGAGGCCGCAGGCUCAUUGUGGUGCUGGAAGGGGCCAGUCUGGAGACAGUCAAGGUGCCCACAUGUUGCUCCUGUGCCCUGCUCACUCUCCUGGCCGAGCAGUGGGGCCUGAGGAUUUGGCCGUGGACAGGUUUCCUGCUGCUCCGCUCUUCAGGGCUACACCGAGGACAACUGGCUGCAGAGGGAGCUCAUGCGCUGUCCUCUCGCUCUGUUCUUCAGGUAGGGAAGACUUACGAACUACUCAACUGUGACAGGCACAAGUCUAUGCUGCUGAAGACUGGGCGGGACCCCGGGGAAGUGAGACCAGACAUAGCCCAUCAGAGCUUGCUGAUGCUGAUGGACAGCCCGCUGAACCGUGCAGGCUUGCUGCAGGUGUACAUCCACACGCAGAAGAACGUGCUGAUCGAAGUGAACCCCCAGACCCGCAUCCCCAGGACCUUCGACCGGUUCUGUGGUCUCAUGGUUCAGCUUUUACACAAACUGAGUGUUCGAGCAGCUGAUGGCCCCCAGAAGCUUUUGAAGGUAAUCAAGAAUCCAGUGUCUGACCAUUUCCCAGUUGGCUGUAUGAAAAUCGGCACGUCCUUUUCCGUCCCGGUCGUCAGUGAUGUGCGAGAGUUGGUGCCCAGUAGCGACCCCAUUGUUUUCGUGGUGGGGGCCUUUGCCCAUGGCAAGGUCAGUGUGGAGUACACGGAGAAGAUGGUCUCCAUCAGCAACUACCCACUGUCUGCCGCCCUCACCUGUGCCAAGCUCACCUCGGCCUUUGAGGAAGCCUGGGGUGUGAUCUGAAACCAGGGACCUGGUCCCACCCAGCCCUGCUUAGAACUGACCGCAGCCGCCGGCCAACCUUCCUGCAUGGAGCCAGGAGCCCAGGGAGCCCGAGCUGUACAUUUGCUCUUCAUCAGUCCUAUAAAUGUGGCUUUUCCAAA